AUGGCCCCUAAAUGGCAAUCUGCGCUUCUGCCUCAGUCCAAGAAACCCAAAUCGGCUCUUUCCCCGAAACUGGAGGACAAGUCUGCCUCUUCCGGCCUGCCGAAGGGAGAAAAAGAACAGCAAGAAGCAAUUGAACACAUUGACGAAGUACAAAAUGAAAUAGACAGACUUAAUGAACAAGCAAGUGAGGAAAUACUAAAAGUAGAACAAAAAUAUAACAAACUCCGCCAACCAUUUUUUCAGAAGAGGUCAGAAUUGAUUGCUAAAAUCCCAAAUUUUUGGGUAACCACAUUUGUCAAUCAUCCACAAGUGUCUGCACUGCUUAGGGAGGAAGACGAAGAGGCUCUGCAUUAUUUAACCAGAGUUGAAGUAACAGAAUUUGAAGACAUGAAAUCAGGUUACAGAAUAGAUUUUUAUUUUGAUGAAAAUCCCUACUUCAAAAAUAAAGUUCUCUCCAAAGAAUUUCAUCUGAAGGAGAGUGGUGACCCAUCCUCAAAGUCCACUGAAAUCAAAUGGAAAUCUGGAAAGGAUUUGACAAAACGCUCGAGUCAAACACAGAAUAAGGCCAGCAGGAAGAGACAACAUGAAGAGCCAAAGAGCUUCUUUACCUGGUUUACUGACCACUCUGAUGCAGGUGCAGAUGAGUUAGGAGAGGUCAUCAAAGAUGGCAUUUGGCCAAACCCCUUGCAGUACUAUUUGGUUCCUGAUAUGGACGAUGAAGAGGGAGAGGCAGAAGAUGAUGAUGAUGAUGAUGAAGAAGAAGAAGGCUUAGAAGAUAUUGAUGAGGAAGGAGAUGACGGCGAAGAAGAUGAAGAUGAUGAUGAAGGGGAAGAAGGAGAGGAGGAUGACGGCGAGGAUGACUAG